CAGUCUCUGCCUGGGACGUGAACGCGUGAGUAUGGGGUUCAAAAGUAACCCACGAACCGCCCACAACCCUGUAUUGUAAUCAUUGAGUGAAAAUAUAUUAUUAAGAAAUCGAUUAUUAAAACGACACAUUCGAAAUAAUUUUUUUGUCAUCUUUAAUUAAUUUAUAAAAAAAAAAUUCCGUUCAUUAAUCAGUGAAUUGGCAAAACUUUGAAAAAAUCGACUGUUAAUAAAAUGUUUUUUUUUUUCUUUUUUAAAUAAAUGAAACUGUGGAGAUAAACAAGGAAGUAUUUGAUAAAAAUUGCAUUUAAAAAUCAAUCUAUAUGAUUAAAAAGAUAUUUAACUAGUAGUGUAGGGUGGAAGGAUAUUAAAAGGUCCUGCGCACACGUUUGACAGACGCAAGGACAUUCGCGUGGUGGUGAGCACGAGUCGCAGCUGAUUGUAAAGAUUAGGAAAUCAGCAAUAAUGUCUGUGCUGCUGGAAGCAAGGCCUUUCAGGCCAUUCAAGUCUUCGGAAGAAUAUUUGAUCGCGAUGAAAGAAGAUUUAGCUGAAUGGCUCAAUGCUUUAUAUCCUGAACUACGAAUUAAUCUUGACAAUUUUAUGGACAGGCUUGAUACUGGUGUCGCUCUGUGCAAGCAUGCUAAUAAUGUUCGAAAAGCUGCAUCAGACUAUGUAGUACGUCGCCAGGCUCGUAAGAGCAUGACCCGUUCAAUAACUUCAUCUCUAGCAGUUCCGAUGAGCCAGCUAACUGACGUGGCCUUCCUGCCAAACGCCAAGGCCGGCACUUUCUUUGCCCGAGACAACGUGUCAAACUUUAUAAGCUGGUGCCGCAAUAGUCUUGGUAUCAUAGAUUGCCUACUUUUCGAGAGCGACGAUCUCAUAAUGCGAAAGAAUGAGAGGCACGUGAUACUUUGUCUGCUCGAGGUCGCGAGACGUGGCGCCAAGUUCGGUAUGCUCGCACCUAUGCUCGUGCAAAUGGAAAGACAGAUUGAUCGAGAAAUUGCUGCAGAAAACAAAGCAUCCAAUGGAACUGGUCAUGAUGAAAGUGAUGAUGAAUAUGCAGAAAUGCAACAGGAAGAACCGUAUCUUAUUUAUGGGCCACAACCUCAAAUUGUAACCAACGACCUCAAGAGUCUAGAUGAAAUGGUUCGUGAUUUAGUGGAAAAAUGCACUUGUCCGACCCAGUUUCCAAUGAUUCGAGUAUCCGAAGGCAAAUAUAGAAUUGGUGACACGAAAGUCCUCAUCUUCGUCAGAAUUUUGAGAAGCCAUGUUAUGGUACGAGUGGGUGGUGGUUGGGACACUCUCAGCCAUUACCUUGACAAGCAUGAUCCAUGUCGCUGCCGUACUUCCCACCGAUCAAUGAUUUCUGCUAAACUCAUUCAAAAAGCCGGUGGAUCCUUUGACCUUGGAAGUGCGCAGGUGCAUUACGAAAGAUCACCUCCGAGAACACGCAGGAGUUCCGCAUCAAGCGUGGGUUCAGGAGCUGGCACGACACAGCAACAACCUCACUCUUUACAGACACCCAGAAGCGUAUCAAACAACCGAUCUCGUUCACCGACACCACAUCACGCAGCACGACAGCAUCUUGGAGAAGAUCUGACACGUGGAGGAAACCGAUCACGUAGUCCCACCCCUCAGACUAAGGGAAGUCCAGUUCGUCAAGUAAACGACCUUGAUAGUAAACAAAGGUCAAGGUCCCCAACUCCAAAACCGGAAAACAGUAAAUCCGGACGUGUCAGUCCACUUGAUGCAACCAGAAAAGCUUUAAAUGAAGAAAUAAGACAAGUUAAGUACGACAGCAGAUCUCAGAUGUAUCAAAACCGACAUCAGGAUAAUUAUCAGGAUCCUAAAAAAGACCUUCAUCAAGAGAUCCGGGCUAAAGUACCUUUGUCAGAAGAGUUUUCAAAACGAUAUAUGGUUGAGGGUGGUGUAGCACGUCGUGCAGUAGAAAAAGAUGACACACCAAAGUAUGAGCCAUCAAUUUACAACUAUAAAUGUGGUCGAGUAGACUCAUCCAGUAGAAGUCCAACCCCAAGUCCUCCAGCAAUUAAAGAGGAGUCUAUGGAAUCUUUUGCUAAGGAAGUCUGUCCUUACACUAAAUCCGGUCAUGAUGGUGAACAUUCAGACAACGGAAGUGAGGUGUCUGAUGAGGGCUAUAGAAGUUUGGGAACCGUUCAAGCACCAGCACCAAGUCUAAAUGGUAUUACGACCACUACAACCAUUAAUUCUAACUCUGGUCUCAUCAAUGGCCAAGGCUCGCCCACGGUUGUUGACUGUCCAAAACCAUCAAAAGUGGAGAAUGAACGUUCGUGUGUUGAUACAGACAGCAUAGAAACGGGUUUAAGGAAGACUAAAGUAUCACCACCAAGUCCCUUACGUGGUUCACCAUCACGAAGCAUUCCAUCAUCAGGCGAACGAACGCCUCGUGCGAAUUCAAUGGUUCGUGAAAAUAGCAAUUUAUCUAGAUGUUCUUCUGGUAGUAGAACACCAAGAGAAGGUAAUUCAAGUCCUGAAGGAAGUCCUCUUAAACGAAAUGUCGUAAGAAAUAGUAUUAAAAAAUUACCACCAGCAGGAACUGUCAGUAAAGCAUCAGGAGUUCCAAGACUUAAUCAAAAUCAUCUAACGGCUGGUAGCAACACGUGGAAUGGAAGGCAGUCAAGGCAAAGGCCUGGAUUAUCUUCUGAUACCUUUGUUAAUCCGUCCUCUUCACCUACAAUGAAUGGUAAUGGAAACGUCAAUGCUUCACCCACGAGUUUCUCGCGAAAGAACUUUGCUCGACAAAGUCUAUCCAAGUCAAGAAUAAAUGAAAUCCAGUAUGAUAGAAAUGGAAGAAGAAUAAAACCAACAAAUAGCGUAUCUCUACAGUCAUCACCUACCAAAGUAGCUAAUCCGUUAUUAGAACAGAUCUUGCAGAAAGUGGGACAUCUGCAAGAUGAAAAACAAGUUGUACAAAAACUCCAAGACCUUUUAAGAGAUUAUCACAGUCAUGCCAAUGAGGGAGAACCGAAUCUAGAGUUCACGCGGGCGUGGAUUGAUGGAAACGGAACUGUUACAUUGCCUCAAGAGGUCCAGGUUGUUACCAGCCCAAGAAAAGAUCCAAAAGCCACCACAGAACGUGGAAACUUUUCACGUAUCCCUGCACCUGUCUAUAAGAGAGCCAUGUCUGUAGCAUCUGACAGUACUUGAGAUCCUGCUCGAUGUUUUUUUAACUCAUGAAUCAAAUGUUUUGUAAUUAUAGUCUUGAUUCGUAAGAUCAUAUUCAACUGAUAGAUCUUCAGCAAUAAGUAAAUAUAAAGUCGAAAAUUCCGUUUUCAACGGGGCUUCAUAAGAGCAGCUUAAUAAUCAACAAUCGCAAGAGCGAUAGGUGAUUGAUUAAAAUCAAAUUUUAAAAAAUGAAAUAAUUAGAUUUCAUUUUUUCUAAGGUCAAGUAUCAGGACAAUAGACUGGACUAAGUAUACUAAAAAAAAAUAGAAGCAUAUCGGCAAAGCGUUGCUGCGGGAGUAGACAACGAUAGGAUGUUUUAUGUAAUUUCUUCUUUUCUAUACGGCCAGUUCCAGGAAAUUAAUUAUAGGAUGAUAUAGAGGAAGAGGAUUAUGUCAGAUUAUAAAAAUCAUGAAAGAAAACCUAAUAUCCUUGAGCAUUUUUUUACUCGAUGCAGCAGCGAGAAAAAUACCUCGAUGAUACCGCGAGAGCAUUGGUUGAGCUUUCAGAAUGGUGCUUAAAGACGAUGAUAGAGCUAAAUAAUUAUAUAGGUAUGAUUAAUGAUUGAUUAUUAAUUAUUAUUAAUCAUUAGUUUAUCAGCUGAUUACUUCUUAUUUCAAGAAUAUAAUAUUCAUCAAUUGAAAUAUGGACUAAUUGAAGUUUUUAAAUAUUUAAAAUAAGAUAUUUUUGGACAUUGAGUGUCUUGCGUUGUUGAACUUGAUUUCUUUAACAUUAAAAUCUACUUCCAAUCAAUUAAUCUAUAGAGAUAUUCAAUAUUAAAAGACAACAUGGUUGGAAUGGUAUUGAUAAUUCAAUAUUUCUAUGGUUCAUUAUAGAAAAAAAAAACAAAACUUGAUAAUUUUUAAAGCCAAUGGGCAUAAUUGUUUUCUAGAAAUUAUUUAUUUAUAUAGUCUAUCGGUUAUAUUUAUUGAAAUCAAUUUAUUUGUAUGUUAACUUCGCUUUAAGUGAUUUUAAUCAAAAGAUUGAAGGAAAUGAUAAUGUAUAAAAUACUUUUGUCUUUUUUAAAAAGUAAAGAAGGCAACUAUUAAUGACUGCUCUACCAAUAAAGUAAUGGCCAAAAUGUUCCAGACAAUUUUAAAUAUAUUUGUGAUCAUUAAAGUCUUUAAAAUAAAUAUUCUUCGAAAUUUUUAGGCAAUGUGUUCACUAGUUCUUGAUGCAUUUCAAUUUGAAGAGUGUGAUUCCAACAAAUAAUCAUUAAUCAAAAAGAUCUAUCAUGUAUUAAUUAUUCAUUUGAUUGAUAUUAAAUGGAUCCAAUGUAAAGGAUAUUUUUGGCUAGUACUAUAUUUCAAAUUUUCAACUUAACAGACUGCAUUAGAAAACAUAUGAUAUGUCAUUGUCAACCUUUUAGAAUUUUUUUUACAAAAAAAAACAAACCUAGUGGACGGCUUUUUUACCAAGUGUCUUAUAGAAGAAGAUUCAACAAAUUUCAUAGAUAUACCUUAGACCUUAGAAGGUCGAGUUCGAUGCACUUGAGCUUAAUUUUAUAAACGUAGAUUCAGAGGACAAGUUUAAAAGAAACAAUAUCGUACAAAAAAAGAAGUAAUAGAUAAUGAAAGAAAACUAUUUUUUAGCACACCUAUUAAAGAGAGAAAAUUUUGUAGAAGAAUAAAAAUUCUGAAAUCCAGUCCAAGUCUUGAGUAUAAAAAUUUUUUCACUUUCACACCAGUAAUUUGUUUGUUAGCAUCAUGUACGAUAUUACAUAAGUUGACUUACUUAUCGCCUAAGAAAAUUUUCCGAGGUUUCAGCAAAUUAAUUAUACACGUGACUCAGUCUGCAACGAUUAUACUUUGAAAGAAAUGAUCAUCUACCAAGGGAAUACUGUGAGGUGUAUAAUAUCCACACGCCCACGUAUGUUCUUAUGCCUAAGCUUAGUAAACCCCAUUCAUCGUAUUUGGUGGCAUUAUUAUGAUAUCUGAUAAAUAAUAAAUUCAACUAUUAUCGGCUACCAUCUUAUGUUGUAGGAUUUUGCCAUCAUAUACUUGUAAUAAUUGUUAUCAUCAUCACUACCCGUUCUUUCCUGAUUUAUAAUUCUAUGACGAUUAUCUGCUGCAAAGAUAAUCGUUAUCUUACUACUAUCGUUAGGUUUACGACUAUGACUAUUGUCAUUAUUAUAAAUAUAACCAUUUCUAAUUCUUAUUAUUUUAUUACUAUAAUUUUAAUGCUGAAAUGUUGUUUGUAUUCUCCUAUUAUAUUAUGUUAUCAACGAAACGAAGUUGUAUGAUAGGUGAAGAAUCAAAAUUAAAUAAAAACUGUAAAACUUUA